ACAAGAAUCACAUGACGUCUAGAAUUUGGUGUUUAGGUUGUCAGUGUGUAAAAGAUUUCGUAAUUUGUCUUAGCUAAAUGAUAUUAUCUUACGCAUAUGUUGGUGCGUUUGUGGUUACUUAGAAGCUGUUCUUUGUGAAUACAUUUACAUAUUUAUGGGGUGUUGCUGCAGCUCAGAAGAUGAGAAACUUUCUCAGGAUGGAGACCCUGAUGAAAGAACCAGGUUGAUUCUUCCCAAUCCUGUUAGCAAUAGUCAGGUGAACCACAGUGACAGCUAUGGUAGUGUACCAUCAUCGAUUGCCCAGCAAGCAGAUGAACAGUCUGCACUUAGUAGGAUACUCAUGCAAACGGCAAAUAAUGUCAUCGACGUGUCAGCUAUUGAGACACACAUGGUGGAGCAGCAUGAAUACAUAGACAGGGCAACACAAUACAGCUCUAGGUUGACAUCAAUUUGUCACAGCGCUAGCGUACUGAACAAGCUCCAUCGGCCGGCUCUGCUGGUGGACGUGCCAGCUCUAGACAGGGUGCUGUCUGCAGAACCUAUCUCAGCCAGUGAUCUACAGUUUAUCAGAAAUACAUCUGACCAUGCUGCUGCUGCGAUGAGAAAGGUAGUCGUUACGCACAAGGAGGAUCUUGUCGUCAACUUUGGAAUUCCAUGAUAGCGUACAGCGAGGAUUGUUAUAUUGCCUUACUAGCACUGUUUUGCGAGAUUCAUUGGUAAUGUGAGGCUUCCCGGUGAGUGUGUCACACAGGCUUAGCUGGUGAAAACUUUGUGUCAGUUAAUGCGCAGUGGAGCUGUUUCGUAUCUUCUCUUUUUGGGUAAAUUUUCUGUGGCCUGAGUAUAAGACAUUCAAAGCUGUACAUACUGAGCAUGAGAUGGUUGCAUGAAACAGUUGUAUUAUAGUACAACAAUAUGAUGUAAUAUUCGUUGUUCUAUGUUUGUGGCGUAACAUUGGUAUGUGUUCAUGUUGCUACAUUCAGUACAAUUUACUGACGGAUAUUUGAAGGCAGUUGGUAGUAACUGAAAAUAUAUAAGGGGCAAAUUAUGAACAGAAGAUGGAUAUAGCCCACAGUUCUUAUCAGGAGUAGCAUCAUAAACAUACUUACGUGUUAUGUUGCUAUUGAUAGCAAUAUCAUCAACCCUUUGAUGCUUUAUUAUCAUUACACCAAAUAGAUAUUAUGAGAAUUUGUGAUCAUGAUGAUUGUUCUGUUCGAGCCCUGUAAACAUCGAAUAAAACACAAAAAUAACUAUACUUUAAUUGCGUUCUGUCAUGCGUAGUUAUUACAACUGUUUUUGCCGUUAGAAUUAUUUCAACGCAACGCAAUAACAGAUUUGGUUUGCGACUGUUUGAAAGGAUGCAGUCAACAGUAGGUCGGACAAAGUUAAAGAAAUUUAUUGUCGUGUUUUAUUAACCAUUAUUGGGCUCUGAUAUGAGAGAAGUCAUAAUCACUGUGUUUCGAUAUGUUGGUUAUAUGGUUUUUGCGAUAUAUAAUUCGCAAUAAAACAACCAUACAGGCCUGAUGUUGCUGCUAUGGAACAUAUUUAAGUCGUAAAUUUUGUACAUAAGCAGGUUGCUGUGUAUUAACGAAUAAUUAUAUGUACGUGUUAAAAUCAGAAAUUCGCAUGGCAAGUGACAGGCCAUCUAAGAACUCAUGUGCAUGAUCAGUACUUGUUAAAUGAGGAAUAUUUUGUGCAUGAGAAAGGUUGCAAAUUCCUGGAAAUUGUGAACUUCACACAGACAUUGAAUAUAUUAUGAUGAACUAUGCCCAGCAGAUGAUUGCACGAUUAAAUUUAUGGAAUUUAAUGUUGAUUGAUUAUCGUUCCUUUUACAGGAGCGCUGAUCGCCUUAUGAAUGUGUGAGUGCGCGCGUGAGUGUGCGUGCGUCACUUAUUUGCUUUCUUAAGGCCCCGUCAUGGAAGGCUUAAGCUAGCAGCCGGUCUUAUUUCAUUCUGCAGACUGGCCGAGCCUAUAACUGCUACUGUUUCAAUUUAUUGUGGGUUUGGUUGCCAAAUAAAAAAACGGCACUCGAAUUUCAUGAUUCGAAUUUCGUGUGAAAUUGCGUCAUUGGUCUUGCAAGGUGGCGUGUUACAUGACACGCUCAAUAAUUAUAUAAAAUACAUAAGAAUAAUAAUAUGUCUGUUUGCUAUGACUACAGGUUUACUCCUGUACGCUGUAUUAAUAGCUCCUUCUACAGCUGAUAUUCCCUCAUUCCCUUUCUUCAUCUCUCUCUCUUUCUUCCCGUCUCUUUUCCUCCCCGUCUCUUUUCCUCCCCCCACUCUCUCUUUCUCUCUUUUCUCUAUUUCCCUCUGUAUGUGGGAACGCGUGCGCGAUCAUGUACGUGCGUUUACUGUGUGCUUGUGCGUGCGUGCGUGCGUGCGUGUGUGCGUGCGUGCGUGCGUGCGGGUGUGUGCGUGUAUAUCAUAUGCCUCGCCUGUUUUGCAGCGAACGACAAUAUGUAUAGUAACUGUUUAUUCGGGGCAGCCAAAGCGUUCAUUUCUUUCACGGGUCCUAAUGUUUUGCACCAACAAGGCCACAUGUAGUUAUGUAAAAGUUUCCGCUUCCAAUGCGAAAUAGUAUGCAUUCCUGUACCAAUGCUCGUAUAUCUGUUGCCAUUAAACGGCAAUGGUUUCCUGAAUUCUAUGCAUUUCGAGACGUUGCAUGGUAGUGAUAUCUUUGCAGCCGCGUGUCUAUUUAAGCAAGAACGCUGGUUAGUAACGUGCUAGAACACGUGCCAGUAAUGUAUAGGUUAAGCUGUAGUCAUACUAUGAAUUUGUGUGUUAUGCCCACGAAAGUCAUGAUUUUGCAAUUUUUUUUCCUAAAUAUAACAUGACCAAACUGUAAUGACAAUAAACCUGGUGUAUCUUUUGCAAA